AUAAGCAGCGAUUGGCGACUUUAGUACCAUUAUACCAACGAAAGCUCGCGAAUAAGUCUUACUACAGGCCAGACACAAUGAGAGCUUUCUACUUGGCUGCCUGCCUAUUGCUGGCCGCUCAGUCCUAUGGCUUAACCAUGGAGGAUAUAUGCGAACAGAUGCCUAAUAGCGGAUACAUAGGCAAUCCUAUGGACUGCACCAUGUGGGGUUACUGUCAAGGUCAAGAGGCUGUUGCCUGGGGCUAUUGUGGAGAAGGACUAGUAUACGACGCACCCUCUUUUGCCUGUAAAAAUAGCACGACGACACCUUGCUCCACCAGUGUGGCUGCUACCUGCGCAGCCAUAACAGAUCCAUGCUAUCUGCCUGAUCCUACAGAUCCUAGCUGCAGCAGGUAUGCCUACUGCUUCGGCAAUGGCAAAACGGGCUACCUUAGCUGCCCAGACGGACAGAAGUUUGUUGCCAGCAACAACACCUGCGUGUGGAGCAACACUUGCAUCCAGCAAACCUAUUGCAAAUACACGCUCAGCAACAUAUUUAUCGGUGAUCCAAACAACUGCGGCGGCUACAUUCAAUGCUUAAACGGCAAUGGUGUUCCUGGAACUUGCGCAUCCGGUCGCUUCUUUAACAAGGCUACUGGAUACUGUGAAGUGGGCUCUGCAGACUGCACAGGCGACAACAACAAUAACAAUAACAAUAAUUCGGGAUUGCCACCCGCAACUAAUGGAACGAUCUGUGAUAACAAUAUAGGCCUUUUCAUGAAUGAUGGUCAAACUUGUUACGGAUUUUACUCCUGCGUGAAGCCGGAAACAGGUUCAGCUUCAGGUUCAGACCCACCUGGCCCUCCUGGCCCGCCUGGCCCACCCCCAUCAUCUUCUGAUGACUCAACCUCUACGGAAGGCUCAAUGAUCGCUAACUGGGGCGCGUGUCCAUUGGGUACAGAAUUUAACUCUGGCCUACAGAAGUGUGUUUCACCUAAUACGCUAUCCUGUCCAUUUAAUCGCUGUGCCAACACCAAUCUAGUGUAUGCCUCUGUUCCAGACACAAAUUGCAGACAAUACACCUACUGUCCGAACGGGCAGACUUAUAGCUGUCCGUCCGACUACCCAUUCUAUGAUGAGGUAAACAAGAAGUGUGUGAACGUUGAGCCAUCAUAUCCUAUUUGCUCUCAACCGGCCAACGUUGCCGACUGGAUAGUACAACCAUAAUAAUAACAUGGCCUAAAGACAUUCGAUCUAUUCAUAGACAUAUACUAAUGCUUAACAAAAUACAUAUGUACGCACUAUCAUAGCUAAAGAAAAAAAC